UAUCGUUUCAUGGAAGAAUCCAGAACUCAAUUCUUGUCCGAAUUAACACGCCGACCCCUCGGAGAAGAAGGGACUAGAACCUCUUUAAGUCUCCAUUAUAUAUACCUCGAAACCCUUCCGUGCUUGAUCAGCUAGAAAUCUCUAUUGAUCAUCUAUCCAAUAGCUAUCUCGAAUUAUCUCGCGCUUUCUUGACAGGCAUUGUGUUGGUUUUCGAAUUAGUGCGGAGGAAAUGGCAGACGUUCAGAUGGCUGAUGCAGAGACAUUUGCUUUUCAGGCUGAGAUUAACCAGCUUUUGAGCUUGAUCAUCAAUACUUUUUACAGCAACAAGGAGAUUUUCCUUCGUGAGCUUAUCAGUAAUGCCUCUGAUGCUUUGGACAAGAUUAGAUUCGAGAGCUUGACUGAUAAGAGCAAGCUUGAUGCUCAACCCGAAUUAUUCAUUAGGCUUGUUCCUGACAAAGCUAAUAAGACUCUUUCUAUUAUUGACAGUGGUAUUGGUAUGACCAAAGCAGACUUGGUGAACAAUUUGGGUACAAUUGCAAGAUCUGGAACCAAGGAAUUUAUGGAGGCUUUGCAGGCUGGAGCCGAUGUUAGCAUGAUUGGUCAAUUUGGUGUUGGUUUCUACUCUGCUUAUCUUGUGGCAGAGAAAGUCAUUGUCACCACGAAGCACAAUGACGAUGAGCAAUACGUCUGGGAAUCACAGGCUGGCGGUUCUUUCACUGUCACAAGGGAUGUUAACGGGGAGCAACUUGGCAGGGGUACUAAAAUUACCCUUUUCCUCAAGGAGGAUCAACUUGAGUACUUGGAGGAGAGGAGGAUUAAGGACCUUGUCAAGAAGCACUCUGAAUUCAUUAGCUAUCCCAUCUACUUGUGGACUGAGAAAACAACUGAGAAAGAAAUAAGCGAUGAUGAAGAAGAUGAAGCCAAGAAGGAAGAAGAGGGAGAUGUCGAAGAGGUGGAUGAGGAGAAAGAGACAAAAUCCAAGAAGAAGAAGAUCAAGGAGGUUUCUCAUGAGUGGCAGCUCAUCAACAAGCAAAAGCCUAUCUGGCUGCGUAAGCCUGAGGAGAUCACCAAGGAGGAAUAUGCCUCUUUCUAUAAGAGCUUGACCAAUGAUUGGGAGGAUCACUUGGCUGUCAAGCAUUUCUCUGUUGAGGGUCAGCUUGAAUUCAAGGCUAUUCUCUUUGUGCCAAAGAGAGCUCCAUUUGACCUGUUUGACACGCGCAAGAAGAUGAACAACAUUAAGCUUUAUGUCAGGAGGGUCUUCAUUAUGGACAACUGUGAGGAGCUCAUCCCUGAGUACCUUGGCUUUAUCAAGGGUGUGGUUGAUUCUGAUGAUUUGCCUCUAAACAUUUCUCGUGAGAUGCUUCAACAGAACAAGAUCCUUAAGGUGAUUAGGAAGAAUCUCGUGAAGAAAUGCAUUGAGAUGUUCAACGAGAUUGCUGAGAAUAAGGAAGACUACAAUAAGUUCUAUGAGGCUUUCUCAAAGAAUCUGAAAUUGGGUAUCCAUGAGGACAGCCAGAACAGAUCCAAAUUGGCAGACUUGCUCCGAUACCACUCGACCAAGAGCGGAGAGGAGCUGACUAGUUUGAAGGACUACGUUACUAGAAUGAAAGAGGGUCAGAAGGAUAUUUAUUACAUUACUGGUGAAAGCAAGAAAGCAGUUGAGAACUCACCAUUCCUAGAGCGGCUUAAGAAGAAGGGCUAUGAGGUUCUGUUCAUGGUGGAUGCUAUUGAUGAGUACGCGGUUGGCCAAUUAAAAGAGUAUGAUGGAAAGAAGUUGGUUUCUGCUACAAAAGAAGGAUUAAAGCUUGAUGAUGAGACUGAGGAAGAGAAGAAGAAAAAAGAGGAGAAGAAGAAGUCAUUUGAGAACCUCUGCAAGACAAUCAAAGACAUUUUGGGAGAUAAGGUUGAAAAGGUGGUGGUCUCUGAUAGGAUUGUGGAUUCUCCAUGCUGUUUGGUGACUGGAGAGUACGGCUGGACCGCUAACAUGGAAAGGAUUAUGAAGGCUCAGGCUUUGAGGGAUAACAGCAUGAGCUCUUACAUGUCUAGCAAGAAGACUAUGGAGAUCAACCCCGACAAUGGUAUCAUGGAGGAGCUGAGAAAGAGGGCUGAGGCUGACAAGAAUGACAAAUCUGUGAAAGACCUCGUGCUGUUGCUGUUUGAGACUGCUCUCCUUACCUCUGGCUUCAGCCUUGACGAUCCAAACACAUUUGCUGCCAGGAUCCAUAGGAUGUUGAAACUGGGUCUCAGCAUCGAUGAGGACGAGGAUGCUGGUGACGAUGCUGACAUGCCUGCCUUGGAGGAAGAUGGUGCCGAGGAGAGCAAGAUGGAGGAAGUCGACUAAGCUCCUAAUGCCUGGGAUUUCUAUUCUGUCAUAUACUACUGUCUGUGUCAUAUUGGGGAAAAGCUCGUGUACUUUUGUCCCCUUUACUAGUGUCCUCUGGUGGUCUUUUCUUCUUUUUUUUGAAAAAGGAUCUUAUUUGUCUUUGACCCGGUGUUUGAGAUGGUUGUAAUUUUCCUACCGGCUAUAUCUGAAGUUAAUACAAUCUGUGCUUGUUCGCCUUCUCCAA